CUUCGUUUCGGUUUCACCCAGAGUUGCUCCAGCUUGUACCAUUGCGCUCGCAAAGGUGACGGGUAGGGUUGCAACGCAAUUCCUCGGCAGUCCAGCGGGAAGGAAGAGCGCGAGGAGCGCUCGGUCUCCCCCUUCCGUUCCGUGAGAAUGGACUAACCCGGAUUUCCUCCGGGCGGUGCUGCAGCCGGUGAGGUCGGGCCGGGGUUGCGGCGCUGCUGAGGCCGGAGAGCAUCAUGGCGUAUCCUGGCCAUCCUGGCGCCGGAGGCGGCUACUAUCAGGGCGCGUAUGGGAGUGCUCCAGGAGGACCAGCUUUUCCUGGUCAAGCUCAGGAUCCCUUAUAUGGUUAUUUUGCUGCAGUGGCUGGGCAGGAUGGGCAAAUAGAUGCCGAUGAGCUUCAAAGAUGUCUGAGCCAAUCAGGCCUUUCAGGAGCAUAUAAACCUUUCAACUUAGAGACCUGCAGGCUUAUGAUCUCCAUGCUUGAUAGAGAUAUGUCUGGCACACUGGGCUUUAAUGAGUUCAAAGAGCUCUGGGCUGUGCUGAGUGGUUGGAGACAGCAUUUUAUGAGUGUGGAUGCAGAUCACAGUGGCACAGUGGAUUCUCAGGAGAUGCAGAAAGCUUUGGCGUCUAUGGGAUUUAGGUUGAGCCCACAGGCAAUUAAUGCAAUAACAAAACGAUACAGUUCUCAUGGAAAGAUUACAUUUGAUGACUACAUUGCCUGCUGUGUUAAACUCAGAGCUCUCACUGAUAGCUUUCGGAGAAGGGAUGCAGCCCAGCAGGGGAUGGUGAACUUCCAGUAUGAUGACUUCAUUCAGUGUGUUAUGAGCAUCUAAUUUGUAAUGAAGGAAGAGACCAAGCGUGAUCACCAUUCCACUUUGGUUUUCGCUUUGCACCAAAAAAAAAAAAUCAUGGCUGUGUAACUGAAUGGUAUUGCAUAUUUUAUUAAUAUUGAUUUAUAUGCCUUUAUAGUUUUGAUAACUAACAAAUGAAAGAACACUGAAAUAAAUCUUGGUUUUAUUUGAUUGGUUUUUCACUUGAUUGGUGUAAUUCACUUUGUGUAUCAAGUAACAAUAUUAUUGCUCAGUUUUGUAUCAUCUCUUGUACAAAGAACUGUUUAUACCUUCUGUUAUUUUGUGCCUUUGGCAUGUAGAUGUAUGGCAAUACUGCAUAAAGUGGUAGAGAAACUUGCAUUAGUUCAGAUAGAACUGAAACCUCCCAACAAUCCCAGUGUGGCUUCCCAAACACAGUAUCUUUUUGAAAAUCAAUUUUUGCUUUAAGGAACAAGAAAUAGUAAAUUAAUAGUUGAUCAUGCUAAUUAUUCCAUGCAACAUUUUUGAGCGCUGAUCUUCUUACACUGAUAAGGUUAAGCCACCACUUAUUUUUGUAUUCUGACUUAAAUGUUAUAGAAGGAAGGCUGCAAUCUCAUUGAGAACCGUGGGAAUACCUUGAAUGGAUAACUUGAUUCCUCAAGAGAGAGAGGUUUCCCAUAUUCUACAUACCAUAAACAAACUAAUUUUGUACCACUAUCCCAUGCCAUUCCACAUCCUAAUCUUAAUAUAACUUCCCCAUUUAACAUAACAGUUAUGCUGGAAUAUUCAGUGUAUGCUUCAGUGCAUGUGCUAAAAAUGUGAAUUCAUGACUGUGUAUAUUGAGAACUGUAAUGUAUAAUAGCUUUCUACGUGAUUAUAAGGAGCAUUUCUCUGCGUUAAUGAACACAGGGUAAAAGUUGCAUUUUCUUUUGUUAUCUAUAACAUAUAGUCAGUUCUGUGUUGAUUGGCUGUAAUAGAAACAUAUUCCUGCCUGCAAACGCCCAUCCUCUUGCUUGGGAUGGCAGAGGCAGGGCAGCGAGUCCUGCUUGUUGAUAGGAGGGUUCCCUAUUGCAAACGUUUCUGAGGUACAGGAAUGAUGCCAGCCAAUUCUAUAAUAAUCUUGAAAUAGUUAUGGUUGAGAGACUUGAUCUUGUAAUUCUGAUAUACUGAUCUGAUUAGCUUAAUUUUAGCCGUGCUGAACGGUCAAAAAAAUAACAAAAAGUAUAUCUUGCCCACUAGCACGCUUGCAUCAGGUCCACAUGUUGGAUAAAAAAAAAUGCAUUACCCUUUUCCCAAAGGAAUUACUUUUUCAUUUGUAUUUAAACCAUUAUGCUUAUCAGAUUUCAGAGAACGUUUGAGCAGUGAGAGAACAUCAAAACAUCUCUGAUUUCUGGAGAAGCGCCCUGGAUACCUGCAUCAACAAAAGCUCUUUGCAGGUUCUCUUUGUUCCCCUGUAGUGCUAUGUAAACGUAGCCACCAAACAGAGGUAGGCAGGGUGAGGCUGACUUCACCUCUAAGAAGCUGCCGCCUAUGCAGAGUGCCAGAUCACCAUGGAAUAUGCUGCAGGAUUUGCUAGGCAACUGCUGUGACUAGGCUGAUGGAAGGACAAGACAAGCUACAACCCCAGAUGGUCAGACUGAGAAGCUGACAGAGAAAUACAAAGUUCAGCUUAGACAGUUUGGAGUUUGACAGAGUUGUCGCUCUGCUAAUACUAUAGUGGUCUUCAGUUAUCAGUAAAACUCAUAAUUCUGUAAGUAAUGCACUGUGUAACAUUUUACAUUAACUAAGGCUGUUUUCACAAAUGUUGGAUGAUGCACUUUCAGUGGACUUUAGCAAUUGUUUGCAUCAUACACAGGAAAAUCCAGUUGCAAGUGAUUACUAAAGUGCAUUAUCCAGCAUGUCUGAAAGCAGCCUUUGUGUCAAACUGAAAAAAGUACUGUGUUUCUAGAACAAAAUCUGAGUCCAGUAGCAUCUUGAAAGUUUAAUGAAAUUUUCCAGGGAAUAAGCUUUCCUAAGUCAAAGCAAGUAUUCAGUGAUUAUAUUGAAAGUUAAGAUGUUUGGCAAUAUUAAACUUUUUAAUUAUCCUGAAUUCUUGGGAACCUCUGAAAAAAACUUACAGCUGAUGUUCUUAGGGGCUACUUUCAAAAGCCCCCCCCCCCCCCCGUUAUCUAAAGUAAUAAAGGUGUGUACUGAGAAAUUUUCAUUUCUGUUUUGAAUGCAGGGAUUUUAAACUAACCGCUGUUAUUUGGCAGGAAAGUAUUACAAGUUUGGCUGUAAUCUGUUUGGCUUUUUUGUUAGCAUAAGUUUUGGACUCGUUCUUUACAAUGAGGCCUUCAAGGUUCUUUGAGACAGUUGUUUUCACACGUACCAGCACCAAAAUCACAUAGACCACAAUCCCCCAUCUAAAGCAUUGAUCCACCAAGUACAUUAGCUGCAAACAACAAUGGAAAGCAAGUGCCAGGAAACUGGCAAAGCGGGAGUAGUGGUGCGGUGGCAGUCCGGCAUCCAAGCAGCAGAAUGCUCCAACUAUUAACGUGACAUUUAAAAAAUCCUGCUUUAUGUUCGCUUUUUUCUUUUUUUAAGUGAUGGUAGUGCCAAUAAAUGAUUACCUUCGCAUCCUGCUGUUGA